AUGAAAGCCUUCAUUGCGAAAUUACUGAAGGCAGGCAAACCAAAACCCAAUCAAAAUAUUAAAAGGUUGGGGUCCCAACGUCGCAAAGACCUCAGUGGAAGCUAUGUGGAGCAUCAAUUGAGCGUGGAGGAGCUCAAGGACAUCUACGCCGACUCCUACAUUGAUGCGGAUCAGCCGGAAUGCAGUGAUGGGUUGGGUCUGCAUGAAGCGAGGUGAAAUUUUUUUUCGAAAAAAUAGAUUUUUUUAUAUUUUUUUCUAUUAAAAAAUUUUAUUUUUUUAGAAAACGCUUCCAAGAUGGCGGGCCAAAUUUGGUGGAAAAGCCGAAGCAAAAGAGCCGCUGGAAUUACCUUUUGAAUCAACAUUUUUACAAAUUUUGGCUUUUAUUACUCGGUAAGUCGUAAUUAAAAAGUUCUAAUUUUUCGGGUGAAUAGUUUCUGCAUAACGCGUUUAUUCGCAACCUAUAUAAAAAAUUAAAUUAUUCUUUUUUGAAAAAAUUCAAAUCAAAUUUAAAGAAAUAGCAUUUUUAAAAACUUUACUCUUCUUUCUGCAUAACGCGGUUUUCUGAAAUUUCAAAAAAAACAAUAAUAUUUUUUUUUGGAAAAAAAUUAAGUCGAAAUUUAAAAAAUUUCAAAAUUUCGUAUUUUUUCACUUUUUUCCACUUUCUGCAUAACGCGAUUUUCAGCAAUCUCAAAAAAACCGCAUUCUUUUCUGAAAAAAAUCCGAGGCCAACAUUGAAAAUUUUUUUAUUUUUUUCAUUUUUUUCAUUUUCUGCAUAACGCGAUAAUCGAAAAAACAUAAAAUUUUCCCUUUUUUGCAUUUUGAUGCUUUGAGUCGUUUUUCUUCACUUUUUUUCGCUCAUUUUCAAUUACAGGCGCCUCCAUUCUCAGCAUUGUCGCAUACGUGAUCCGAGAGAUCGACCACAAGGCGGACAAUGCGCUGAACCCGACCACCGCGUUCAUCCUGAUCCCGGCCAUCAUCCUGAUGAGUUUGAUGUCGUUUUGGCAGGAGCGCAAAACAAUGGAGGUGGUGCACACCACCGAAGACGUCGUCGGGCAGUAUUGUUUCGCGAUCCGCGACUGCGAGACGCGCUGCAUUCCCACCGAGGAGCUGGUGGUGGGGGAUUUGAUACACGUGAAUUCGGGGCAACGAAUCCCCGCCGACGUGCGCAUAUUGCAGUCGAACGGGCUGCGCAUCGACCUGUCGCUGAUCACAGGGAAUCAGUCGCCGGUCGAGUAUACGCAUGAGAUGGCGGCCAAGCAUGUCAGUGUGUUCAAUGCGUACAAUGUCGCGUUCCAAGGGACCUAUGUGGCGGAUGGGGAUGGGAUUGGGCUGGUGAUCAGGACGGGGAAGUUUACGGUAAGUUGAGUAAAAGUCUUGAAAGUAGGCUGAUCCGUCUGCGGCUACCAGUCGUUUCAGAAAGUGCGUAGACAAAGAACGGUGCAAUAUCAGUCUGUCGGGAAAAUAACGGCGGAUCGUCGCGCCUCGGAAUCGCCCAUCAUCGCUUUUCGACUGCAAGGCGCAGCUUGGGAUUUGGUGCGCGAUAGCGGCGAGGCGAGACAUUUUGAUGCGACGAUCCGCCGUUAUUUUUCCGACAGACUGAUAGAUCAAAGGCACUUUCUGGAACGACUAGUACGAGGCACGUCAAACUGAGAUAAGCUAAAAAGGUUCCGUGAACGGAUUGCAAUUCGCCAAAAAAUACGCGAAAAAACUUUUUGUCGGAGAAGAAAUGGGGAAGUUUUAGAGCGAGCGAGUACGUUUUUGCGCGUCUUUUCUCUGACUUCUCUGUCAAAUCAAGACGAAGUGUAAACAACCGAUAGCGAGGGAUCUAUUCCGGUCACCCCGAGAUUAGUGCCUAAGGGCUUAACUGGCGGUCUAGGAACUUAUAUCAGCAUGUCGGAAAAAUAAUGAGCACUCUGUCGAUUCGAAAAUCGUAUCGCCGCUGAGAAAACGAAUUGUGUCGCGACAAAAUCAAAUUGCUUUUCACUUCAGUGACACGAUUGGCAAGCGACAUUUUACUCAUUAUUUUCCCGACAGAUCGAUAAUACGAAGCAGCAUGAUAAUACAAAAAAUAAUAGGCAUAAUUUCGCUGACGGCUUUGCGACAACGAUACAUUUCAAGUCAUUCCGGUCAUAGUUACCAAUCUGUCGGGAAAAUAAUGUGGAUUUGUUGCAAAAUCGCCUAUCAUUGCUUUUCGACGGCUAGUGAGAGAUUUACUGCUCUAUCUCGACGAGAUAUAUUUUUGAUGCGACAAAUUCACAUUAUUUUCCCGACAAACUGAUAAUUCGCUUGUAUUGCAGAAGCCCUCUAUUUUAUUCAUACAUUCUGCUAAAUACAUAUAACAUUAACGUUUAGUUCCUCGGAAACAUGUCGGAUAUGUACCUACAACAUGGGACUACAAGCCUCAUGAGGCAGGACAUCAAACGAGCCGUCGGGAGGAUCAGUUUUAUCGCGUUGUUCAUGGCGUUGGCCUUCUUCAUUGUCGGCUGUAUUGUUAAUGGGUAAGAUUGCAAAAUUCACAAUAUUUUAGCUACAAUGUUCUCUCUGUAAAUGACAAAAAUACUUUUUUACAGCUUCCAAAACAUCCUCUACUACUUCGUUGUCGGUUUCCUGGUAAUCGUUGUGGCCAACGUGCCACAGGGAUUGCCGCCGGCGAUGAUGUCGCAUUUGGCGAUCAUUGCCAAACGCUUGGCUCGAAAACACAUUUACAUCCGCAACUUGGAUGUAAUCGACGAGCUGGGCGCCGCUACCGUCAUUGCAACCAACAUGCAAGGGAUCUUGACGGAGAACAAGCUCACUGUAACUGAUGUUUGGCACAAUCGGCACAACACAAAAGGUAGAUUGAUGAGCGAUGAGUUUAAGCUGCCUAUACCGACUGUUAUUAGUAUCAGUCUGUCGGGAAAAUAA